GAAAGUGGAGUCGCCUGUCCCUGCCGCUGCCGCCGCCGCUGUCGUAGCUGCCGCUGUCGUUGCUGGAGAAAAAGCAAAAGCGGGGAAGCUCCAGAGUGAAAUCCACCAUCCUGCAGGCUGGUCUGCUCGCCCCUCUUUCCUUCUUCCCUGACCCCCGACCCCUCCCCCACAGGUGCCAUCCGCCGCCAUCCGCCCUCUCUACCCCCCCAUCCCCAGGUGAGGGGGGUGAGUUCAGGAGCAGAGACCCCGAGGAACCCAGCAGGGUCACCAUUUGCAGCGCAACAUGGCAGGAGCUGGAGGAGGGAAUGAUAUUCAGUGGUGUUUUUCUCAGGUGAAAGGAGCCGUAGAUGAUGAUGUAGCAGAAGCAGAUAUAAUUUCUACAGUAGAAUUUAAUCAUUCUGGAGAAUUACUAGCAACAGGAGAUAAAGGUGGUAGAGUCGUCAUCUUUCAACAGGAGCAGGAGAACAAAAUCCAGUCUCAUAGCAGAGGAGAAUAUAAUGUUUACAGCACCUUCCAGAGCCAUGAACCAGAGUUUGACUACUUGAAAAGUUUAGAAAUAGAAGAAAAGAUCAACAAAAUUAGGUGGUUGCCCCAGAAAAAUGCUGCUCAGUUUUUAUUGUCUACCAAUGAUAAAACAAUAAAAUUAUGGAAAAUCAGUGAAAGGGAUAAAAGACCAGAAGGGUAUAACCUGAAAGAGGAAGAUGGAAGGUAUAGAGAUCCUACUACGGUUACUACACUACGAGUACCAGUCUUUAGGCCCAUGGAUCUAAUGGUUGAGGCCAGUCCACGAAGAAUAUUUGCCAAUGCUCAUACAUAUCACAUCAACUCUAUUUCUAUUAAUAGUGAUUAUGAAACAUAUUUAUCUGCAGAUGAUUUGCGGAUUAAUCUUUGGCAUCUGGAAAUUACAGAUCGAAGUUUUAAUAUUGUGGACAUUAAGCCUGCCAAUAUGGAAGAGCUCACUGAGGUGAUUACAGCAGCAGAAUUCCAUCCAAACAGCUGUAAUACAUUUGUAUACAGCAGCAGUAAAGGAACAAUUCGGUUAUGUGACAUGAGGGCAUCUGCCCUCUGUGAUAGACAUUCUAAACUGUUUGAAGAACCUGAAGAUCCCAGUAACAGAUCUUUUUUUUCUGAAAUCAUCUCUUCUAUUUCUGAUGUAAAAUUCAGCCAUAGUGGCCGAUAUAUGAUGACUAGAGACUAUUUGUCUGUCAAAAUUUGGGAUUUAAAUAUGGAAAACAGGCCUGUGGAAACAUAUCAGGUACAUGAAUACCUCAGAAGCAAACUUUGUUCACUAUAUGAAAAUGACUGCAUAUUUGACAAAUUUGAAUGUUGUUGGAAUGGCUCUGACAGUGUUGUCAUGACUGGAUCUUACAAUAAUUUCUUCAGAAUGUUUGACAGGAACACAAAGCGAGACAUAACCCUAGAAGCAUCACGGGAAAACAAUAAACCUCGCACAGUUCUGAAGCCACGCAAAGUCUGUGCAAGUGGCAAGCGAAAGAAAGAUGAAAUAAGUGUUGACAGCCUAGACUUCAACAAGAAAAUACUUCAUACAGCCUGGCACCCCAAGGAAAAUAUCAUUGCUGUAGCUACUACAAACAAUCUGUAUAUAUUUCAAGACAAAGUGAAUUAGGGUUGGCAUUCCUAGCAGAAGAGCCCACUUCCUGCUUAGUUGAGAUAGUUGAAUCUAGCAUUCGUACCUAUAAAAGAGAGAGGUCCAUUGUGGCACCCCUUUCCAGUGUUUAACAAUGUGCCAUUUGAAACACAUUUUUAUAGCUACAUGGAGAAAGCUCUGUGGUUUCAUCACUGUGCUAUUCUCCAUGUUUGCUAGCCAUUUAGGUAAGGGUAGGGCACUUUUAAUUUAAAUGACUUCUUGCACCAUCUUGCCUAAUGGACUAGAUUGGACUGUAUCAACAUUGAUUUACUCCACUUUUUAUGCCUUCCAUUGUGAUGACGUCAAACACAGUGAAAGCCUUCAGUCAUGCUAUGGGAUUUAAUUGUGUAUCCUCAUACUGUAUCAUUUGUGGGGUACACCCCUUCCCCAUUUUUUAAAUUAAAUACAGCUCAUUCUUACUGUGGCUUGUAGCAUUCCUCCUCUUCUGGCCUCCUGGACUCCUCCCCUUCAUCUCUUACCUUAGCCCCCUCCACCCAGUCUUGGUGGUGGUGUAUUAAAAAAAAAACAAAAAAACGAACGAACGAAUGAAAGCACACAAAAUGAGUCAGUUUGGGGUCAGUGGUAAAGGGGGUAUAUGUUGCGAACAAAUGUUUUAAUAACAGUUGGCUGUAAUCACUCCUUGCCAUGUCUGGCACUGAAAAUAAGGAAAAAAACUACUGAAUAAAAGUGACAAAGAAUGGA